AUGGAUUGUAAGAAGGAAGAAACACUCCGUAGAGGUCCAUGGCUCGAAGAAGAAGAUGAACGGCUAGUGAAGUUCGUUACCCUUUUGGGAGAACGUCGUUGGGAUUCUUUAGCAAGUGUUUCCGGCUUGAAGAGGAGUGGUAAAAGUUGCAGGCUAAGGUGGAUGAACUAUCUGAACCCGAGUCUGAAGCGUGGACCAAUGAGCCAAGAAGAAAAAAUGAUAAUCUUUGAGCUCCAUGCUCUAUGGGGGAACAAGUGGUCAAAGAUUGCAAGAAGAUUACCUGGUAGGACUGAUAACGAGAUUAAAAACUAUUGGAGGACUCAUUUUAAAAAGAAAGUGGAAUCUCAAAACUAUGAUAAGAUCAUUGACUGGAGAGGAAAUACAGGAGAAGAAUUGUGGCGCAAGUAUAAGGAAACUGAGAUCACGUGGACAAGGACGACGACUCAAGAACAUGGUUUUGAUGAAACUGUGAAGGAAUCUAAGCAGAGACAAAUGGAGAGUGAUAAAGAAACCGAUGGUGGUAUUUGCGAAGGAGAGAGCUUCGGUGUUAUGAAUUCACCAUAUGAAAACCGGAUUUCUGAUUGGAUAUCAGAAAUUUCUACAGACCAAAGUGACGCAAAUCUCUUAGAGGACCAUAGCAGCAGUAGCAGUGAGAGCAAUACUAAUAUUAACGUUGGUUCUUGGUGGUUUCAAGAGACAAAGGACUUUGAAGAGUUUUCAUGUUAUCUAUGGUCAUAA